AGAAAAUAGGGAAAUGGUUGCAUAUCCCGCCUCUUCGCAUAUGCUUAUGGCAAGUUUUGAAAUUUGAGGUUUUGUCUGUUGUGCUGUUGAUUCACUCACCAACGUUGGUGUUUUCCACCAACUGCAGCAACCAAUCACACUCAUCAUUCACCAACAACAUCGAAAAGACACACCCAAUUCAAACUCUGUAGUCUGUAUCUCAAACCCUAGAAGAAACCCGACCCGAUUCGAUCAUCGAUGGCUGACCCUGAUUCAUCUGCGCCAUCUCUUCCUCUAUCCACUAAGGAGAACAUCACUCCCAUUUCCUCCAAAAUCGCCGAACUCAAUGAAUCUAGAUCGGAGCUUCUCGGAAGAAUUCAGGGUUUGAAACAGGAUUUGCAAGGUUGGAGAUCAAAGCUAGAUACACAGGUCAAGGUGUAUCGGGAUGAGCUGUCAGAACUAAAGAAAACUCUUAAUGUUGAAGUGGAGCAACUUAGAACAGAAUUUCAAGAUCUGAGGACCACUCUACAGCAGCAGCAAGAGGAUGUUACUGCUAGCUUAAGAAACUUGGGUCUUCAGGAUGUCUCAACAGAUGUCAAGAAAGCUGAGUCCCAGGAGGCUAAGAUUGAAGAAAUUGACCAGAAAGAGCAGCAGGUGUUACCCGAAGAGGAUAAUUCCAAAGUAGCUGAAAAUUAAACAGGCCUAAGUUUGGAGUAUUUGCUACUACCAGCAGUGUAUAACCUUCGGAGAAGCUGAAUGUCUUUCUGUGUGUCUGUAUUAGUAGUUCUACCUAUGUAUUGUUUAAUUAGUAAGGUCAGGUAAUACAUGACUCAAAUCAAUCAAUGGUAAAUUUUGAUGUUGCUCUUCCUUUCUGUUCAAACUUUAUUUUCAAAUUGUGGUACUUCUAGGACUAGUUGAACUAAUCCGAAAUAAAUAAAAAAUUGUUCUCUCUA